AUGACGAUUAUCAGUGAUGGAGGUUCCGACUUUUUUAAUAUGUCGUUCAAGGCGCUACUUGAGAAAUUUGGUAUCCGCCACAAAGUAGCCACUCCUUACCUUCCGCAGACAAGUGGGCAAGUUAAAGUGUCCAACAAAGAGAUCAAAAAGAUUUUGGCAAAAAUUGUCAUUGAUAAUAGAACGGAUUGGUCAAAUAAGCUUCAUGAUGCUCUACGGGCCUAUCAGACUGCAUACAAGACUCCCAUCGAACUAGAGCAUGAAGCUUUGUGGGCGAUGAAGAAGCUAAAUAUGGAUUGCGGCACCGCAUCUAAUCAAAGAAUUAAGAACUUGAAUAUUCUUGAUGAAUUUCUCCUAAAAGCUUAUGAAAGUUCAGCCUUGUACAAAGAGAAGAUGAUGAGGUUGCGCUUGUUUCCGGGCAAACUCAAUUCAAAAUGGACCGGGCCAUUUUUGCUCACAAAUAUGCUCCCCCAUAGAGCGGUUGUGCUUGAGAACAGUCAAGGAACAAGGUUUAUGGUUAACGGGCAAAGGAUCAAGAUCUAUCUAGGAAACGCGGAAUUUGUGCAAGAAGUUGUUGAGGCCUAUCAUCUUAAUGAAGUCUGA